GUCACCAAGGAGAACAGCAUCGCGACGGCUGGUGUCUUGGGCGGAGUUGCGGGUCUCUUGCUGGGCGGCUUUUGGAUUGGUGCUGCUGGCUUCGUGGCAACCUCCUACUUGGCAAAGAAGGAAGACGAUGUCUCCACCGUCCUCAAAGGUGUCUCCACUGCUUCGCUUGAGGCCCUCAACUAUGUGGAUUACCUGAACAAGAAGUAUGAAGUGACCAACAAG